AUGGGAAAGAAAACAAAGAAACCAGGCAAAGGUAAAGAGAAAACAGAGAAGAAAACAGCUAAAGCAGAAGAGAAAAGAGCCCGUAGAGAAUCAAAGAAGCUCUCCCCAGAAGACGACAUCGAUGCUAUACUGCUGAACAUACAAAAAGAGGAAGCUAAGAAGAAGGAAAUUCAUGUUGAAGAGAAUGUCCCUGCACCUUCUCCUCGAUCCAAUUGUUCGUUGAGCAUUAAUCCAUUGAAGGAGACUGAAUUAGUUCUCUAUGGUGGUGAAUUUUACAAUGGCAGCAAGACAUUUGUAUAUGGCGAUCUCUACCGGUAUGACGUGGAAAAGCAAGAGUGGAAGUUGAUUUCAAGCCCCAACAGUCCACCUCCUCGCAGUGCACACCAAGCAGUUGCUUGGAAAAAUUAUCUUUAUAUUUUUGGUGGUGAAUUUACAUCUCCUAAUCAGGAGCGAUUCCACCAUUACAAGGACUUUUGGGCGUUGGACUUGAAAACAAACCAAUGGGAGCAGCUAAAUUAUAAAGGGUGUCCUAGUCCACGUUCAGGUCAUCGCAUGAUUUUGUACAAGCACAAGAUUAUAGUUUUUGGAGGCUUCUAUGACACUCUUCGGGAAGUCAGGUAUUACAAUGACCUGCAUGUAUUUGAUCUUGAUCAGUAUAAGUGGCAAGAAAUAAAACCUACACCUGGAUGCAUGUGGCCAAGUGCUCGAAGUGGUUUCCAGUUUUUUGUCUAUCAAGAUGAGAUAUAUCUGUAUGGUGGUUAUUCCAAAGAAGUAUCAUCUGAUAAAAGUGGCUCAGAGAAGGGAAAUGUUCACUCAGACAUGUGGUCGCUUGAUCCUAAGACAUGGGAAUGGAACAAGGUUAAAAAAAGUGGCAUGCCUCCCGGUGCUCGUGCUGGCUUCUCUAUGUGCAUUCAUAAAAAGCGGGCUAUACUAUUUGGAGGUGUCGUGGAUAUGGAAAUGGAAGGUGAUGUUAUGAUGAGCUUGUUUCUGAAUGAACUUUAUGGCUUCCAAUUAGACACUCAUCGCUGGUAUCCAUUGGAGCUGCGGAAGGAGAAAUCUACAAAACCUAAGCAAAAACAAGUUUUAGAUGAGCAAGUUGAGAGCAUGGAUCUUGAUAGUAAGAUAAGUCCAAUGGAAGUUGAUGCAGACGAUGAAGAUGAGGACCUCGAUUACGAAGAAGAUACCAGCACAAAAAGCAAUAUCAAAAAAAUGUCUUUGAACAUGAAAAGGAAUGUGACUAUUGACGAUGGCAAUGAAGCUUCUAGAUCUGAGACUAGCUCUAGAUCUUCAGCCGUGCAACAUUCAGCUUCAUCGGAUGUAGUGAAGCCCUGUGGACGUAUAAAUUCAUGCAUGGCUGUGGCUAAAGAUACCUUAUAUAUCUAUGGUGGGAUGAUGGAAAUUAGAGACCAAGAACUUACUCUUGAUGAUUUGUAUGUUCUUAAUCUCAGUAAACUGGAUGAAUGGAAAUGCAUUAUCCCGGCAUCUGAGUCUGAGUGGGUUGAAGCAUCAGAUAAUGAAGAUGAUGAGGAUGAAGAUGAAGAUGACAGUGAUAAUGAAGAAUGUGAGAGUGGUGAUGAUAGUGACGAGGAGACUGAUGAGGAAGAUGAUGCUGAGGCUAAUAAUGGUGCAUCAACAUCACUUGAAACUGGAGAUGCUGUUGCCAUAAUCAGAGGUGAAGGGAAAACACUGAGAAGGAAGGAGAAACGAGCCAGAAUUGAGCAAAUCAGAGCCAGUCUUGGUCUCUCUGAUGCACAAAGAACACCAGUGCCGGGGGAGUCUCUGAAGGAUUUCUACAAAAGAACAAAUAUGUACUGGCAAAUGGCAGCAUAUGAACACACACAGCAUACGGGAAAGGAGCUGCGUAAGGAUGGUUUUGAUCUUGCUGAAUGUCGAUACAAAGAGCUCAAACCUAUCCUUGAUGAGUUGGCCAUUCUAGAGGCAGAGCAGAAGGCGGAAGAGGCAGAGGGACCUGAAAAGAGUAGUGCAAAGAUGAGAGGAAACAAGAAAACCAAAAAUGUAGCAUUCAAGUAAUCAGGACCUUAAUUAUGCCUCAUCUCCUAAUACAGGUAAACACAUUGAAAUGGCGAUGUCCAAAACAGGGUUGUAGGAAAUGUUUUCUUGUUGUUUGCCAAAAAGAUGUGAGAGUCGAUACGUAUUAAGUCAAGUAGCGGAUUUCCCAGCGAGAAUUUAAACUAUAGACCAACUUCGGCUUGUCUAGUGAUUGUUAUAUAUAUUUUCGCCACUGGUAGUUUUGAUAUGGCUAGCAAGUUGCUUGCAUACGAAUAUGAUACAAUGUUUUGUAGUCUCAGCAUGGAUAAAUAUUCGACAAAGCUUUUUGGAGUGCCCUGUUUCACAAAAACAUGAAUACAAUGUAAGAGUUCGUUUGUUGCAUGAAUUGAAGAAGUAUAUGUUCUUCUGAAA